AUGUCAUCACAACCUCAGAGCUCUAUUCCUGGGUAUCGCCCAGCACCAUUUCUCACGCGCGGCAAAAAACUAGUCCUCCUUUCCAUCUUCUUCGUCCCCGUCGUCAGCUAUGCAUGGCUCAAGAGGCUCGAAGCCAAAUCCAAAGAACAAACGCGACUCCUCGAGGAAGAAGGGAGGCGGAACUGGAUACAGGAGAACCAAAGGUUCAAUAGAAAAGACCUCAGCGUGGCAGUUGGCAGGAGCGGAGGAGGCGUCUGA